GGUGAAACGAUACUCUCCACUCAUUACAAGAGUGACAUCAGCUCUCGCUCCAGGAAUCAUGUCUUUGAUGAUCCACCCUUUUGGGUUUGGUGUUUUACAGCAUUGUUUAAUCCACCUAGACGAUCACCAAAAUACGUUCAUACAUGAAGCUGCCAUGGAGCAUUGCCUAACAUUAGGAACACAUGUGAAAGGCUGCAUCAGUCUCACAGAAUACCUCAAUCACUCAAAAUCUACGCGCAAACAACUCCUGUUGAAGAAAAUCACGGAGCUAAGUUUGUGCCUCUCGCAAGAUCCUUAUGGAAAUUAUGUUGUGGGUGCUGCUCUCCAGCUCGAAAUCCCAGAGGUCAUUUGCAAUAUAUGCCACCAGCUUAAAGGCCACUAUGUGCAUCUAUCAACAAAUAAAUUCAGCAGCUUUGUUGUUCAAAAAUGCCUAGUUCGUCGGACUGAGUUUGUGCUUUCGGAGCUGCUGGAAAGCGGCAAGCUAGGCCAACUUGCGUUUGAUCCAUAUGGGAAUUACAUCGUCCAGACGGCAUUGGAAAUGACAAAGGGUGUCCUCAAACUCCGUCUGAUCAAUGUUCUUCGGCCACAUUCCCAGAACCUUCAACUCCAUCUGCACGGACAGAGAAUCUUCCAUCUGCUUAGUGGAUCAGUGUGGAAAUGACCGAGCUCAAUCAAGACGGUGUGAGUAGUCUGUGUUUUGAUCGUGUGAAGAUGUACGUUUAGGAUUAGUUGCACAUGCACCUUCUGUUUUGGUACUGUCAAUUGAGUAUAUAUAUUUUUUUGUGUGUCAGUGUGAAGUGGAAAUCUCUGUAGAAAAAAGCUAUCAUUAUAUAUUUGUUUCAUUGUGGACAA